UCUCCUCUGGAACCUUCCCCUUCCUUCCGCCCCAACCGAACCGAACCCCCCACAAACCCCGUAACCUCGCACCCCCACCCGAAGGCACGAGAAACACCCCGAGAAGAGAGAGAGAGAGAGAGAGAGAGAGAGAGCUCCGGAGAUGUCGGCGGACGAGCUGCGGAUGGACCUGGAGGAGCUGCGGCGGCUGGAGGGCCUCGCCACGCGCCCCCGCGUCGUCUCCCUCCUCUCCAACGAGAUCCGCAGCGUCGACGCCAAGCUGGCCUCGCGGGCUGCGCCCGUGCCGACGCCGGCGCCGCAGGCGCUCGCGGCGGCGGCGGCCCCUGCUGGUCCGAGCUACGUCACGCUGGGGUCGUUCAGCUGGGACCAGGACAACGAGAAGAUCAGGGUCUAUGUUUUCCUUGAGAAUGUCGACCAAGAGAAGGUGGAGACUACUUUCAAGCCAAUGUCAGUGGAUAUCAAGUUUCAUGAUGUUAAAGGCAAGAACUAUAGGUGUGCCAUCCCAAAACUGAACAAAGAAAUAGUUCCUGAGAAAUGCAAGAUUGUGGUCAAGCCUACAAAGAUUGUCAUCACCCUGUGGAAAGCUUCUUCCGGCAAUUGGUUGGACCUACACUACAAGGAAGACAAGUUUAAGCCAAGCAUGGGCAAAGAGAAGGAUCCAAUGUCGGGAAUCAUGGAUUUAAUGAAGGGCAUGUACGAGGAAGGUGACGAGGAUAUGAAGCGCACAAUAGCCAAAGCGUGGUCUGAUGCCAGAUCUGGGAAGACGGCUGAUCCAAUGAAGGGAUUGCCUUGAUGAGCUGGUAGCGGUUUUGGUUUCGAGAGCUGCUGUAUGUGCUGAGCUAGUCCGUGCAUUCAGCGUGGUUUAGAGUACUGUCGUGAGUAUCCGCAUCGCAUGUGUGAGGUCGAUUGAUACCUGUCUGAUAAUGAUGGGGCAUUAUCAGAAUGCUUGUUUCCUCCGGUGUUGGAUUGGCCUAAUUUGCGCAUUCUCGCAUUGUGAUGUCUGUAUUUGAACUGAAAAGAAAAUGAAUGCAUGCUUGGGUGAUGAGAA